AUGACAACCGAGUUUGCAGUCGAAAAGGAAAUUUUAGCUGUGAGUUCUUUUUUUUGCAAAGUUGAUUAUCCAUACCAACCCCUAUAUGCUGAGACAAAGGAGUAUUUAGAUGCAUUUUUCCGCAAGGAUGGAUUUGUUAUCCUUUGCGAUCGUGUUUUUGGGCGCCUUCAUGAUUCUAAUUUCCACGAAGAAAGUCCAUGUUGGAUGGAUAUAGCAAACAACUCGCCAAACUCUUCAAUGGCCUCGGCACUUUUCCGCUUUUUAGCUCCGAGCACUCCCUUUAUAAAUCUUCUGGACUCUUUUUCAUUACCGUCAGUUGAAUUUUCAACAAAAGCAAAGAGUUCCUGGAAAUAUGAAAGUAUUGAGAAGCCCGAAGAGUCUCCUGCCAAGUACACCGUUGACUUUCCCUUAUCAACAUUGUAUCGAAAUUCAUUUAGUCUUUUAGGUGAACCUAACGACGUUAGCUUAUACAAAAUGCCACGAUCUAAGUGUCCGCCCCUUUUGCUUGUCCCUUUUUGGAUUCCGCCUUUGGUUACACGUAAAGAAGUUUCAUCAAAGCAAAUAAUGACUUCUUUACCAUGCCUACCACUUCCCUACUUUAUUCUGCGUAUGUUUUGUUAUGCAAUGCGCCGAUGUGAGAAGCAUGGUAGUGGUAUUAUCUCGAGAAGAGCUCUUGGUGUUAUCGGUUUGUUUCAUCACUUCCGCGAGAAUCUACUUUCAUUUUUUCACCAAAAGGCUGCCAUCGAAUUCCCAUUUUACCAUCGUGUUCUAACUGCCUUUAUUCAAUACUAUACAACCCCUACACUAUUCCGAAAUCUCUCUUCGAAAAUUGCUUUCGAGGAAAUUAUGUGGACUUCCGCCGACACUAUUGCCGCACUAUUAAUUUGCUCGCCUGUUUUGCUUUCGCACAGAAAUAUAUCACAACCCGCAUUGGAAUGGCAUCGGGGUCCAGUUUAUGAUCCCUCUGCAGUAGCUCAGCUUCUAUGCACAACCCCAUUUCUAACUGAAAUAUUUAUCACAAUGACUAUCAAUAGCGAUGAUAAAAAUAGGUACGCGUUUUCUUUGAGAAACAGAGAGUUUCAGAAUGAUUCUCUUUGCAAGUGUUCUAAUGACAUUAUCGACAUUUAUUCAAGUUUUUACAGAAAUUGCCUGAUUAGCUUGAGGGAGUGCCUUUUGUCGUUGGAUGGGUUUCCUUGCGUCCGUCGUGUUCAUCUUAAUAAUCUGUUGGAGCUGUGGUUGAUUCUUAUGAACCCGUUAUCACGUAAAGGAGAGUUUAUCGAUGAUCGUUACGUGCUUCGCCAUUUUGAAGCAUACUCAUACAUCACUAUUGACGUAUUGGAAAUGUUCGCGAAAAGUUCCUUGAUUGAAACUCUAGACGGGACAGGCAUCUCUUUAUUAUCCAGAUGUCUACAAAUUUUAUCAAAUGACAACUUCAAACGGCUUAUCUCAGCAUUACAAUGUGAAAAUUCUGAGAAGACUGCUUUGCCUAAUGUCAUUUUGAAGAACUGUGUUUUGAAUUGGGCCGAGGAUCAGGAUUUAGCUUUGCAGAUGGCAAACUUUAGUAGUGAUAAAACGUGUUCUCUAGCAGCUCAUGUCUACGCCCUACUAGAACGAAAGUCGCUUCGAUCUUUGCAUGUUGGAAUUCAGAAAGAAGUAGAAAUAUGCUUAACAUAUAUUGAACAGAUCUUUCCUAUAUCUAAACAGAGAAUUGAAAAAUGGAGAGGGAUGUUAAAUAGUGGUGCACCUAAAAAUAUACCUAUUGGAUGCUCCGUUACUCCCUUUCAUAAUGUUUCAACUGCACACAUCUUGUCUGAAACAGACAAGAGUAAUUUUUUCAAGGGCUAUAAGCAGAGACGCGUUGUUUGUUUAGAUCCUAUACGAUUUCCGACAAAAAGCGAUGAGAUAUAUGGAAGAAAUUAUCAUUUAUUCGACUCUACUAUGCGUCAAGAAUUUCCAUUGCUUAUCGGAUUUACUAUUUUUUGUGACGCAUUGCUCAAUAAACUAACUGACAUUUUAUUUUCUAGUCUGAUUCAAAAAUGUGACAACGGGCAUAAUUUAUGGCUUGUUCAUUCUAGAAAUUAUUCAUGUUGUAAUCAUUACUCUGAAAUGGCGAUAUGGGAAUGUAGCAUUUGUGAGAAAGCUUACGGUAUGUGUUGUAGAUCAGGACCUACCAUAACUAUUAAAGGGGAAAGAUUACAUCUUGCUAGUGGUUCAAAUCAAACGAAGCUGUGCUCAUGGUGUGGCGAGAUUUUCUUGCCAAAUGGGCUUUUUUAUGUUUCACAUGAGAAUAAUAACCUUUUCCUAUGCCCUAACUGUGCUUCAAGACCUUUCAAACCGUGGUGUACAAGGUGGAUAGCAGCAUAUAAAACAUGGAGCUACAUUUUUGUUAUUCUUCUAUUUUUCCUUGUGGUAUGGGUCUACCUGAAUCUAUGA